AUGUUGGAUCACCGCGAGGAUGGCACGACAAACAUGAUGAAGGACGGGAAACUGUUCCGAACGAUUGAACCGAAUUGUUUCGAUACAACAACUCGAUUGCGAGACAUGGAUGCUGCCAAAGUGAACGUGCAAUGCUUGAGUACCGUACCCGUGAUGUUCAGUUACUGGGCAAAACCGGAGCACACCGAAGAAGUUAGCCGUUUCGUCAACGAUGAUCUCUUGGCGCAGUGCCAAAUAGCACCAGACAGACUUGUACCCCUUGGCACGUUGCCACUGAACGAUAUUUCACGUGCUAUCGAGGUAAAAUUUAUUUUAUCCGUCUCAAAAGCUUAA